AUGAUCCAUCAGCGUCACGCUGGGAGGAGACAGGAGGAAAGUGCAUCCGAAGGAGCGGAGGAGGCUUCUCUUCACACGCAGGAUCGUAAGGUAUUUCUGUGCGAGUGUGACGUCCUACCGGGAGAACGGGGUGCACCUGGGACCAUGAGUGACAAUGGCCCUCAUACGGAGGCGUCCAUGUACUUUGAGGUGGCAGUGGAAUCUUUGGAACGGGAAGAUGAGGAAGAAGAAGACAAAGUUCACUAUGACAAAGAAGAUGACUUGAUUGAGGAGCCUUGUUCUUCAUCUGGCCGGGUGUAUGACCGCACCACAGUGCUCAUCGAGCGAGACCCCAUCAGGCUGGACGAGGAGGGCGAGGAGGAGGGCCACUGUGGAGGGGAUGAAGACUGUGUCACCUUCCUCACUGAUGGAGAUGAGGAGGAUGGAACCCUUACUUUUAUGGUGGACGCUGAGGCCAUGUCACAGGGUUAUGUGCACCACACAAUCUCCGCAGACCAGAUCCAGUUUACUAUUAACCCCGGCUCCACUCCCAUGCCACGCAACAUUGAGGGGGCCACGCUGACGCUUCACUCCGAGUGUCCAGAGACCAAACUGAGAGAGGUGAAGCGGUACCAGUGCAUGUUUGAGGGCUGUACCCGGACGUACAGCACAGCAGGGAAUUUACGAACUCACCAGAAGACCCACCGGGGAGAGUACACGUUUGUGUGUAAUCAACAGGGCUGUGGAAAGGCUUUCCUCACCUCGUACAGCCUGAAGAUCCAUGUGCGAGUUCACACCAAGGAGAAGCCCUUCGAGUGUGACGUGCAGGGCUGUGAGAAGGCCUUCAACACACUCUACAGAUUAAAAGCACACCAGAGGAUUCACACGGGCAAAACAUUCAACUGCGAGUCGGAGGGAUGCACAAAGUACUUUACCACACUCAGCGACUUGAGAAAGCACAUUCGCACGCACACAGGGGAGAAGCCAUUCCGGUGCGACCAUGAUGGCUGUGGAAAAGCAUUUGCAGCAAGUCACCACCUAAAAACACAUGUUCGGACCCAUACAGGUGAAAAACCGUUCAACUGUCCCAGCGACGGUUGUGAAAAGACGUUCAGCAGUCAGUACAGUUUGAAGAGUCACAUUCGGGGUCACGACAAAGGACAGCCAUUCAGCGGCAGCCUCAUUCACUCUGAAGAUGCAAAUCAUUCGCUAUGCCUCAGUGACUUAAGCCUCAUCUCAACAGACUCGGAGUUACGGGAAAACAUAAACAAUGAACUUAACAACGCCACGCCAAUAAAAAUCUUUGAGCUGAUGUUCCAGAGCCCAGACAACAGCGUCAGUCAUGAAGAUGUGCACCAUUGUGAGAGAAUACCGGAGGCACUUGCCACAGAAACAUCAGCCAAGUCCAGUGUUAGUGAAGCGACGCCUGGAUCUUUCCCCUCUUCUUCCUGUUCGGCCUCUACAGGGUGCACACCUGCCCCGGCGCCUGCCACUGUUUGCCCUGCACAAAACAGUUCAUACAUUCAAAUAGAACCACAGAUUUCAAAUGUGCCUGACCCCAGCCUGGCCACGCCGCAGCAGUUUGUGACGUUACAGCCGACGUUCCUGCAGCCUGAGGGCACUAGCACCCAGCCUCCAUCCACUCUCUCCACCACAACAUCCAGUCCCACCGUGGCCCCACCUGUGCCUUUGGCCCCUACCCCCACCCCCAUCACCGUUCCUCCUGCACCAUCUAGCCAGGCUGCCAUCACCAUAGCUCCCACGCAGAACCUCCUUCAGCCCAGUCUGGUCAUGUCGGACCAGAACCUCCAGUGGAUUCUCAGCAGUGCCGCCAACAGUCAGCAGAACCCUGAUCAAGCACAACAAGGUGGUCCGAAAGUAGAGAAAGUAUUCUUCACGACUGCAAUACCAGUGGGCGGUAAUGCUGGUAGCUCCGUUCAGCAGAUUGGCCUCAGUCUGCCGGUCAUCAUCAUCAAACAGGAAGAGUCGUGCCAGUGUCAGUGUGCCUGUCGAGACUCCGCUAAGGACAAAAGUGUGAAGAACGUCUCCCCUGCAGCUGCUCCCCCUCCAGCUCCACCCCCGCCUCCACAGUCCCCCGUCGAGCCCGUCCCCUCAGCGCCUCCACAACCGCCUCCCUCCACGUCCUGCUGCCCGCCACCCGGACCAGCCUCAGAGUCGCUUGCAGUGGAGCAGACGGCCUCCUCUUCCCUAUCGGACUCCGCCGCCACACAAGCUAGCAGCAGGGUGACCGGCGCUGCAGCUUCUGACAGUUUAACGAACAUGGACGUGACGGACUACCUUUCCCUGCACAGCCCGGACACCGCUGCUAACCUGGAGGCCCUGUUGCUUGUGGCUCAUGACUUGAAUAUGGCGACUGAUGCUGCCGGCCUCCAUUACACCCACAUCCCCAGCCACCCUCCUCGGCAAACGUCCCGUCUGCUCUGUACAGUGUGCAGCAUACAGCCGGAUGCAUUGGCCAUCAGCAGUACUGCCCCCCGCAUUCUCGUCACCAAACCCCCGCAGUAG